CACGCUUGAGAGACACAGGUUGAAGAGGAAGCUGGGAGUGGAGGAACUAAAUCUAACAGAUGCGUUAAAUUUGGGGGCAGGACAGGUAUUACAAUAUUUGAAAGAAACAGGAUUAAGUAAUAGAAUUUAAAGCACUGACAUUUUUGAAUCUCCCUUUUGUUUUGUUUGUUUUAUUGUUUUUGUUUUGUGGGUAUUAUUUUUGGGUUUGGUUUUGUUCGUUUGGUUUUGUAAGGGGAUAGGGUACUCUGGUCCACACUCCACUACAGCAGGUGGCGGAAAUGCACCGUUCACUGGAUGCCAUCCGCCUAAAAACUUAAAAAGAAGAAGAAGAAGACGAAGUCGAGUAAAAUCCGUCGGCUUGUUUUCCAUGUGGCUGUAUCCUCGGAUAAGUAACUAACUUUACUUUUUGGCGAUACGCUCGGAAACGUAAGAACAUUUAACGUAAUAACACAAUUUACCGGAAUCCAGCCGCUCGUUGCACUUUCGACAUUCGUGGUAAGCAUGGCGCUGACUCUGUCCUCCCCGUGUGGAUAUCCCUUUGACGAGGACGAGGAAAUGGCCGUCUUUGAGUCGACGGCAGAGGAGCACGGAGGCCCGUCUAGACCGCGUCUACCUGAGAUCUCGGUCAUCUCCCCCGGCCUGGACACCCGGCCUUCCAUCGCAGACCCAAAACCGUCAGCGAAAGCUGCAGCGGCGAGACAGGGUAGUUGUGACGAAGAGAGGGUGAAGGUCUUCCUCCGCAUCCGGCCGCUUACUGAGACGGAGCGUCAGAGGGGAGAAGAACAGGGCUGUGUGGCUGUCCAAGACGAAGAGGCACUGCUGCUCAAAGCGCCCAAAGAGUCUCAGAACAUGAGGACGGCGGAGAGGGGCAUCACCCAGAGCAUGCACAAGUUCAGCUUCUCAAAGAUCUUCGGGCCGGAGACCACGCAGCAGGAGUUUUAUGAGUGCACGAUGAAGACGAUGGUGAAGGACGUGCUUCAGGGAGAAAACAGGCUCCUCUACACUUACGGCGUCACCAAUUCUGGGAAGACGUACACCAUACAAGGCAGCGGCCUCGAGGCCGGCCUCCUGCCCCGGGCUUUGGUGUCCCUGUUCAGGAAACUGCAGGGUCGCCUCUACGGCGCCAUGGACCUGAAGCCGGUCCUGUACCAGGACGUGAGGCGGCUCGACUCCGGAGAGAUCAGGAUGGAGGAGAACCGCCGAAGCGCUCUGCUGAAAGAGAAUGAGAAUACGACUUCACGUCGAGCCGGGAACACGUCGACCUGGGACAGCGGCAUCGGAGGACUCUCCUCCACGAGCACCGUCGCCACCCAGCUGGAAGACCUCGACAGCGUGUGUCUGGAGCCCGACGGCCUCUCCCACAGCGGCGCGGACGAGCUGGCGGACGGCGUGCGGUUCUCCGUCUGGGUCGCCUACUACGAGAUCUACAACGAGUUCCUGUACGACCUGCUGGACGCGGCGCCGAGCGCGCAGCCGCGCAAGAGGAUCACGCUGCGGCUGAGCGACGACCAGCAGGGAAACCCCUACGUGAAGGACCUCGCCUGGAUCCAGGUCCGCAGCGCCGAGGAGGCGUGGCGGAUCCUGAGGGCCGGGCGCCGCAACCAGAGCUUCGCCAGCACUCACCUGAACCAGAACUCCAGCCGCAGCCACAGCAUCUUCUCCAUCCGCGUCCUGCACGUCCGCCCGGAGGCGGAGUCGACCCACGCCACGCACAUCAGCGAAUUGACUGUGUGUGAUCUGGCCGGGUCCGAGCGCUGCAAGGAGCAGCGUAACGGCGAGCGGAUGAAGGAGGCCAACAACAUCAACACCUCGCUGCUGACGCUGGGGCGCUGCAUCGCUGCUCUGAGGCACAACCAGAACAACAAAUCGCGGCCCCCUCAGGUGGUGCCCUUCAGGGACAGUAAGAUGACCCGGGUCCUGCAGGGUUUCUUCUGCGGCAGAGGGACGUCCAGCAUGGUGGUCAACAUCAACCCGUGCGCCUCAAUCUACGACGCGACGCUCCAGGCACUCAAGUUCUCCGCUAUCGCUACUCAGCUGGUCCACGGCCCGUCCACAAAGACCCGGGUGGCCUACAUCCUGGCACUUCUGCGCGAGCCGGCAGCGGGCGGUAACGACAGCACGGCGCUGGAGGAGAGCGAGGAGGAGAGCGAGGUGGAGGACGGAGACAUCACCAUGUUGAAGACGGAGGCGCUGCUGCAGGCCAUCGACGUGCUGAAGAGGGAGGUGCAGCGGCAGCGAGAGGAGAAGGAGGCGCUGGAGGCCGGCGUGAGGGAGGAGGUGGUGUCGGAGAUGAUGGAGCUCAUCUCUGGGAUGCAGGACGGAUUCAGUGAGACCUUGGAGGCGGAGACGACUCUGAUCGAAGAGCGGUGCGAAGACAAGUUAACCACCAUCCAAAAACACCUCAAGAUCUACUACAGGCAGGAGCUGACGGAGCGUGACGAGGUGAUCGAGGCGUUGGCCGCGGCGCUGGAUAAAAACAAGGCGGCCGACCCCGAGGGUCCUCGCCGCUCCCGCCGCCUCACCGCUCAGGCGGAGAGCGGCCGGCUGCGCGGCGAGCUCGACCAGUGCCGCGGCGAGCUGCUCGCCAAGACUCGAGAGCUGACGGCGCUGAAGAUGCAGCUCGCCGUCACCAACGCCACCGACCGCAAGCUGGAGGAGGGUCAGCGGAACCUGCGUCAGCUGCGCCGGGAUCUGCAGCGGCUCGGCGCCGACCUGAAGUCGGGCGAGCGGGCCUGCUGCCGCAACACGGGGGGGGAGCGGCUGCGGCAGGUGCUGGUGGCUGCCGACGAGACGCUCGCCAAGCAGGACCAGAUCCUGCUGGACCUCCAGAACGGCCUCGUGCUCGUGAAAGCCGACUUGAGGCGCAAGGCUCUGGAGAGCCUGUCCCAGACGCACGCCACCACCCUGCCGCCGCCCUCCUCGGGCCACGCCCCCUCCCUCACGCCAGCUUACUGCCAGAAGAGGGGCUGCCCCGCCCCCUCCUCGGCUAAAGACGCCGAGAACCAGCCGCCGACGGAGAAGAGGCCCUUCUUCCAGUCCCUCUUCCCGCCGCGCGCCCCCAACCGCAAAUACAACACUCGGGCCUUCGAGGAAUCGAACGCCACGCCGUCCUCGCGCAUCCUGCGCUCGCGCCAGCAGUCGCGGCCCCGCCCCCCACGGGGCCCCGCCCCCCUCACGCCCCGCGGCCUCCGGGGGAUGUACUGUAUGGAGGACUUAAAAUGACUUAAGUAUAAAUAAAUAAAUAAAUGAAUGCAUGAAUAAAUACAAGAAUAAAUAAAUAAAUGCUUAAAUAAAUGUAUAAAUGAAUAAAUAAAUGCUUAAAUAAAUGUAUAAAUAAAUAAAUACAGGAAUGAAUGAAUAUAAGUUAUAAAUCAACAAGACAUCUUUAAAUAAAUAUAUUUCUGCA